UUUUGUUUGGUAGUGAAGUUGCUGAAUCAAAGCUUCGAACAUGGCGGCGAGCGAUCGCACAGUGUUGCAGUUCCCUUCUUCUUCUUCAUCGCCGAGCUUGUCGGCGAAGGUCCACCCUCUUGUUAUCUUCAACAUCUGCGACUGCUACGUUCGUCGCCCUGACCAAGCCGAACGCGUCAUCGGAACCCUACUCGGCUCCGUUCUUCCCGAUGGAACUGUUGAUAUCCGUAAUUCAUAUGCCGUUCCUCACAACGAGUCCGUCGACCAGGUUGCUUUGGAUAUUGAGUACCACCACAAUAUGUUAAUAUCUCACCAAAAAGUGAAUCCAAAGGAAAUCAUAGUUGGAUGGUAUUCAACUGGUCUUGGAGUAACUGGUGGUAGUGCAUUAAUCCAUGAAUUUUAUUCUCGAGAAGUACCAAAUCCCAUACAUUUGACUGUUGAUACAGGAUUCACAAAUGGAGGGGGUACCGUAAAAGCGUAUGUGUCAAACACUUUAUCUCUUGGAGACCGGCAAAUUGCUGCACACUUUCAAGAAGUUCCAUUGGAUCUUCGUAUGGUUGAAGCUGAGCGAAUUGGAUUUGAUACCCUGAAGUCAACCACUGUUGACAAAAUUCCCUCCGAUUUAGAAGGGAUGGAAACAUCAAUGGAACAUUUACUAGCCUUGAUUGAUGACAUUCACAAAUAUGUUGACGAUGUUGUGGAAGGGCGUGUUGCACCAGACAACAAAAUUGGGAGAUUUAUAUCAGAUGCUGUAGGCUCCCUUCCCAAAUUGCCCCCAUCAGUUUUUGAUAAGCUUGUGAAUGACAGCUUGCAGGAUCACUUGCUCUCGUUAUAUUUAGCUAGCAUCACAAGAACACAGCUUAGCUUGGCCGAAAAAUUGAAUACAGCUGCUCAGAUUCUGUGAUAGAUCUCUGUCUGCAAUUUUUUGUGAUGGAAUUUUCCUUGUCAUUUUUUCCAUUAACGUGGAAUAUCAGCAUUUUAUUCUUUACUUUUGCUUUGCUUUGCUUUAUUUUAUUAUAUUUUGUGCUUGGCAUUGCAUAGGAAGGUUUUUUCUAUCGUGUCUAAGGCUGCAGUGUAGCGUUAACUUGUCAAUUGUCAUGUAAUCUGUUAUAUUUGAAAGAAAAUGAGCGAACUCCUCUCCUUGACUACCUAUGUAUUUUCUAAUGCUUGA